UUAUACACAGGGUACACUCACUGCUGCUCAGCUCAGAUGCUCUGAGAGUGUGCACACAAGCUUGAAGAAACGUCUGGCCGCUGACAAGGAUUAAAAUCAGGAAACAAUUUUCUGGAGUUUUUUUAAACUGGAUUAAGAGAGACAUCUGGAGAUGUGUGGGUGGGGAGUCGCCUUGAAUGGAUGAUUAAGUACCCAAAGAGGACUGGAUAAAAGUUUCCAGCAGUGAAUGAUGAUUCUCAUGAGGUAUCUAGUUGAUCGUUGACUCAAAGCAAGUGUGAACUUUAUUUCCUUGUGAGGCAAUGGAGGAUUGGGAGCAGAUCCGAUGACACAGCUCUCAGAUUUCACUACAAUCUCUGGGGCACCUGCUCAUCACAGAAAUUGCUUUCCAUCCUCCAAGUUUACAACUUCAAAGCUAAGACCAAUCUUCCACAGGGGCAUAGUUUGUCUGUAUUCAAAACACAUUGAGGAACCUUGUAAUUAUGCCCUCACUCUCAUUAUCUCUGUUUCUUCUGCUGCACGACUUUAAGGUGAGGGAGAAGUGGAUCAGAGGGUGAGGAGAUUUUUUUCUCUUUAAGAUUAGAGAAGGUAGACGAGGGAGAGAGGAAGGCAAAAAGGGGGGAGGGAGAGAUAAACAGAGGCAGUUUAAGGCGGUAAACACGUCCUGUCCAGAGCCAGCUCUCCUCUAAACAGAUCAAGCAUAAAUCAGCAUCUGUCUGGAACAGGAGGACAAACCAAAGCGAGUUACAAACACUGUGGCUGUCAGUCUGGAAACACUGAAGGGAAGAGAAACGGAAUAAAGUAAAAAAAGAUUGGAUUAUUAUUUACUUUAUGAAUCUAGAUUUGCCAGCAACCACAGCUAUGGACUCAGACAUAGCCCACAGCUUCUCUUGUCUUUGCAGCAAGAUGAAAAAGCAGCAGUUGAACAGAAGCAGCAGCAGAUUAUCUUCCGGACCCCACCGGCAUCUCCUCCACCCCAGGACUCUGCUCCUGUUGCCCCUGCUGCUCCUGCUCGGCCUCUCCCUGUGGAGCCAGCAGGCUGAGGCCCUGGUCCACUCAAGCUUCAGAAGGCUCAGCGGCCGAGAGAAAAAGGAAAUGCAGAAGGAGAUCUUGUCUAUCUUGGGUCUGCCAGGGCGACCAAGACCUCAUCCCCCGCUGCGACCACCCUCGUCUGCGCCGCUCUUCAUGCUGGACCUGUACCACGCCAUGUCUCAGGAUGGGGAGGAUGAAGGGAAUGAAAUUAUUGUAAAUGGACCUGGCAUGGCGAGGUUUGGAGGGGCAGAAAGGCUGGUUCAGGUCAGCCACGCAGUCCUGCCGACCCUUAGCACGCACACACCACCACUGGGCACGGUGGUCAGCGAGGCCGACACAGUGAUGAGCUUCGUCAACCUGGUGGAGCAGGAGCGUGACCUCUUGCAGCCUCGUCCAUACUGGAAGGAGUUCCGCUUCGACCUGACACCCCUCCCUCAGGGUGAGACGGUUACAGCAGCAGAGUUUAGGAUCUAUAAGACCCUGACGAUGGGCCAGAGGGCAAACCGAACCCUGCACAUCUCCGUCUACGAGAUCCAGCGGGACAACAGACACAGAGAGCCAGAGCUGGUGCUGCUGGACAUGCAGUCGGUGCCGGCAGGCCAGGAGGGCUGGCUGGCCUUCGACGUCACCACAGCCUCCAACCACUGGCUCCUCCACCCACGCAGCAACCUGGGCAUACGUCUGUAUGUGGAGACAGAGGAGGACCGUUCCCUGUCUGCAGGCUGGAUCGGGUUGGUGGGCCGCAGGGGCCCCCGCUCCAAACAGCCCUUUAUGGUGACCUUCUUCAGGGAGAGUCAGGUCCCGUGUCGGCCGCCAAGAGCUGUCAAGCCGCAUCCUCGCAGAAGGAAACCCAAAUAUGAUCUCCCAGUUCCCAGCAUUCACAAUCGGAGUCCUGUAAACAAUGGAGGUCAGCCCUGUAAAAAACAUGAACUCUACGUCAGCUUCAGUGACCUGGGAUGGAAGGACUGGGUUUUGGCCCCCACUGGAUAUUCAGCUUACUACUGUGACGGAGAGUGCUUUUAUCCUCUGGGCUCCUGCAUGAACGCCACUAAUCAUGCGCUCAUCCAGCAAGUGGUCCACCUCCUGAAGCCUGACGAGGUUCCCAAAGCGUGUUGCGCCCCCACCAAGCUCAGCCCCAUCUCCGUCCUCUUCUACGACGACAACAACAACGUCAUCCUCAAAAAACACCGCAACAUGGUGGUUAAGACCUGUGGGUGUCUAUGAGUCAAAACAGUUCCACAUGUAAACUUUAAUAUAUCAAAAUGUACAUGGUGGAUUAAAAUAUCCAGACAUGCACUCGUCCAGCAGUAAAUGUUUCUGUAAACAAGUUGGAUUACAAAGGCACGAGAAAUGGAAUUUAAAAUAUUUGUGAUGUGUUUUAGGAUCAGUGACUUGAGUCUUCAAUCAAAUCCAUUGAUUCCAAAUCAGCACUUUUGCUUUUAAAAAUUACAACCUUUUGAUUGUUGGGUAUUAGUUAGUGUCGAAAUUGUAAGAUGCACUCAAUAGCUAAAACACAUAUUGGCCAACCUUUUACCAAAUUGGGAAGGCUCCGACUCUUUGAGCUUUCUUAACUGCAGUCUUCAUAGAUGGGUUUGAAUUGCAAAUUGGAUGGCAGAACAUGCCAUUUAUGACAGUUUGUUUAAAACACAUUAAAUAACACUACUACUGUUGCAACUCUAAAGUCUAUAUAAAGAGAAUAUGUAUAAUUGUAUCGAAUUAAUAAAAGAAAUUCACAAUC